AUGCGCCACGGCAACUCUCACAGAGCGUCUAAAGUCAAUGACGCCCGGGCGAAUCGAUUCGACCAGUCCACAUGGCGAUUCUACUCAAAAUCCGGCACAACGUCGACUGGUCUUUGCUCCGGUUCCCGCCUGAUGAGCUGCCCGUUUGCUCUUCCGUCAAAACCUCCUCCCUCAUCCUGCUCCCACGGCCUUGGCCGAAGCUUGAGCCUUAAGCCCUCUUCCUCCCAUCCGUCCGUCCGCCCCACCCACCUCUGCCUGCUCUCCAGAGUCCCAUGUCUAACUAUAAAAUGGUGGCAACACCUUACACCCUCUAACUAG